AUGUCCCUUGCUUCAGGCUACGAACAGCCUCAUGCGGCAUCGCUCUUAGCUGCCGAAUCAGGCGACAUGGGCAUGCCGGAGGCCAGUACGCAGUCCACUACAGCCUCCACGCCCCUCUUCCAGGUAGGGCGAGUACAGUACGCUUGCCCAGCGCCGCUAGGCUGCGUGGCCGCCGCGUCCAACGUCUUGAUCCUUGUCAUGGAACCUGCAGCGGACGGCAUGCCCAUUCAGUUGCUGUACUUAGACCUCAACGAUCCAACACGGGCAGCUGACGCUACUGUGCCAGGUGUGCAGACGUUGGAACACGUACGUAUCUUUGCGCAUCCAUCAGCGCAGCACAUACUUGUAUGCACAGAUACACAUACAUGGUACUGGACUCCAUCGUGGCCACACGCACGAUUGCUUCCACGACUCCAAGGCGUACCGAUUACCGCUGUAGCCUGGACGACUUCGCCGACCUUACCCACGAUGCCAGCCUUCUUAGCUGGCACAGCUCGUGGCGAUGUGAUUGAAGUGCAUUUGCACAUCAGUACACCGCCUGCGCGUCGCGACUUACUAGACCGCUGGGCGCGCAAGUCGGCCGGCGCUCAUGACGCGCCAUUGGAGCGAGGCAUUUACCGAUUGUUUACCCUUGAUGAUACGCAUCCUAUUACAGGUAUAGCACUGGAGACCCAGGGCCCACAUACUUUGAUUGUUAUGGCUACUGCAACCCGACUCUAUGAAUUUCUGGGACCCACGCAGCCUUUUUCAGAGUCGGCACCCCAUUGGGACCCUAUUUUUGCUCCGUACCGCGGCACGGCGUUGCCGCAUGUCAAGACAGAGCUCCCUCCUGGACCUGCGAGCCUAGCAACAGCCAUCCCACCUCCUCAUUUACCUCACGCGCCUACACGCGUCCUAAGCUGGCUCACAGGGACCGGCGUAUACGAUGCUACCAUGGACGCUGCGCAUGGCGUAGAGCACGCGGAUGUACUGCCCUACCCUACAGACGAAGAUACAUCUCCACUUUACGUGGGUCGUACACCCUUGCACAUUGUGCUUGUAUAUUCUGAUGCCCUUGUAUGCUUGGAUGCGCUCUCCCAUGAGGAGGUGUAUCGUACGUCGCUCCCUCUGCAAGCGAAAGAGCGCGUACGUGGCGUAGCAAUGGACCCUGCUACAGGCACUUGUUGGCUGUAUACGUCUCAAAGUCUCUUUGAACUGGUGGUUGAAAAGGAAUCACGGCAUACAUGGCAAUGGCUCCUUACACAGCAUGAAUACGAGGCUGCGCUGGCAUUUUGCCACGAUGAGCCUAGUCGUGCCCAUGUCUACGCGGCGCAAGGUCAGGCAUACCUGGCCAAAGGCGAUGCUAUGGCAGCUGUGACGUGCUUCUUGAAGGCACAUGCCCCGUCCUUUGAGCAGGUCACAGUCUCGCUCAUUGAAGCACAAGCAUGGGAAGCGCUGCGUACGUACGUGCUGAAACGUUUGGACGAUACACCGGUGACUGCCAACGUCUCGCGACUCAUGCUGGCUACAUGGCUUCUUGAACUGUACUUGCGUGCCAUGGAUGCUGAAGAUACCACUUCCGCGACGUACAAUGCGCUGCAUGCGGAAGCUACACAUGUUUUGCAGACGUACGCUUCGGCACUAGAUCCGUCAACGACAUAUGCUCUGCUGGCACGACAGGGCCGUAUGGAUUUAUGGACGACUUUUGCGCAGACGCAGCGGAAUACGCAGCAAGUGGUCGAGCGGUGGAUCCAGGCAGGGAAGUGGGAACGGGCCUUGGAAGCGCUGAGUGCACAAUCCGAUCCAGACCUCUACUACGAAUUUGCUGCCGUGCUGAUGCGCCACGCGCCCCAAGCUACCGUUACGUAUUGGAAGCGAUGUACGUCGUUAGACGUAGCCCGCCUCCUUCCCGCGCUUUUGCAACACCGGCCUUUGCCGAAAGAGCCCGAUUACGCGUUAGAGUACUUGCGCUAUACCAUUGACGAGUGUGGCUCUAUGGAUCGCACAGCACAUGCCAUGCGUUUGACGCGUUUGGUGGAGCGACCGAAUGAUCGCGCUGCGCUGCUCACCUUUGUCGAGAGGGCCUCGCCAGAGGCCCUCGAUCUGUCCCUGGCGCUUCGGACGUGCGUACAGGCACAGUGCCAAGAAGCCUGUGUACGACUCUAUGCGCGAAUGGAGCAAUUUGAGCUAGCUGUACAUCUAGCCCUCGAGGCGAACGAUGUGGAUUUAGCGUGUGCGUGUGCCGACUUGGUGACACAGGACGAAGCACUACGUCGGGAAUUGUGGCUCCAAUGUGCGCAGCAUGCAAUUCAGGCCAAGCCACAUAUGCAUGAAGCGAUGCAAUUCUUGCGGCGAACCGAUUUGCUGACUGUUGAGGAUAUUCUUCCGCUCUUCCCAGACUUUACUGUGAUUGACGACUUUAAAGCGGAAAUCUGUGCGACACUCGAAGAGUAUGUGGCCAAGAUCGACACGUUGAAAGAGAAAAUGGACAAUACCACAGCUACAGCUGCGAGUAUACAGGCGGAUAUUCAGCAGCUAUCGAAACGUGCUAUUGAUAUUGAUACCGAGCAGCCCUGCAUGGAAUGCAGUACACCUCUUCUUCAGCGCUCGAUGUACGUGUUUGGAUGCCGACAUGGCUUUCAUGCCGAUUGCCUCACUACCAAAGUCACACAGCACCUGCCGCCACGACGUUUACGUCGCUUACUGCAGUUGCAAGAUGAACUGGGUACGCUUACGUCGCAGCGCCAAGAAGCACAAACACAGUCUACGCCUACCAAGUCUACUACGGCAUCGAAGCUGCCGUUGGGUGCGUCGUUGGAGCGUAUGCGCGAGCAUGUACGCCCCCAGGCCAUUGUCGAUGCCAUUACGGCGAGCUGGCAUGCGAGUGUCGAUACUUCGCGACGUGUAUGGAUGCAGCAAGCGCCUGUUAUGAAGGAAACACAGUCGGCUACAGAGGUAACAUCGAGACCCGCUACGUCUGAUACGUAUGCGCAGCUGGAUGCGGUGCGCAAUGAAAUGAAUACCAUCGUGGCAGGGACAUGCCCUGUUUGCGCAUGGAGUGUACAACAAGUGGGCAAGCCCUUUACAGACGAACAUCAGGACAAUGAUGACACUGAUUGGCUCUUGUAG